UGAUUAUCACAGAGUUGUUAUACAGAACUAUCGGAGUACUUCCAGCUCUAGCCUCAACUUGCGUUGAUUUCUUUGUCAGACAGACUGCGAUUAAAAUCUUAAUUUACGCCCCUCAAACAUAUCCAAUUGAAAACAAACCACUGAAAAUACUGUAUUCGAAGGAUAAAUGUCGCGUCGAAUAUAAAAUAAUUUAGGAGAAUCUGAAGCCUCUUCAAGUAUUAUCGAUUGAAAUUUUCGCUUGUCAAUUUGAAGGAUUUCUUGCCACCCCCAUCAUCUUCGCUAAAAAGCAACGCAGCGACGCAAAAGGAACUUUAAAAUUGCAAACGCAGUUUCAACCGACACAGUCAACCAGUGCAACUGAUCAGAAAACUCGUGCAAGUAAACAAAGUUUACCGGAUCAUUUAGAAACCAACAACAGGAAAAAUAAACCAAGGAAAUAAUGGUGGCCACUGGCAUUUCUCUAAACGAGCGCUUCACCCAGAUGCAGUCUAAGCAACGACAGCAGCAGCAACAGGGACGUGGCCGCAGCCGUUCGCGUAGCAGGAGCCGUCGCAUUGUGGACAGCCGGGCAGGAAAUACGUCUAUCUCGGCGGCCAAUUCCCGGUUGCUGCAGGAGUUCAAGCGUCGUCAUACCGUACAAACGGCACUCAAACUCAAGCGCAGAAGCUUACGGAACGCGAGUGGACGAGGACCCCGCGUCGGCGGCGUAAAGUCGCUACGUCUGGCGCCCAAUGGAAAGCCCGUGCGGUCGAACAACGUGACCCGAUUAGCAACGAUGCGUGCCGAUCUCGUGGCCAACAAUCGCGGCAGCGUACGCCGUUAUUCGGGUUCACAGGCAGGCGGACUUCGUCAGCGGCUGGGCAACCGACGCCCGUCCGUCGGCGGUGCCGCAGAGCGCGUGGAGCGCCGCCAGAGACAGCAGCAGCAGCAGCAACAACCACGUGGACGCUCUCGAUCUCGUUCCCGAUCCCGAUCCCGCCUGCCCCCUGUGCAGCGCAUGGAAAGAGGACGCUCUCAGAGCCGUGGACGCAGCGUGGGACGCUCUCAGAGCCGCAAUCGAGGACGUGAUCGUUCCAACCAAGGACGACUUCCGGUCAAGCAGCGCCUAUCGGUUAAGCAUCGCUUAGGCGUGCGCCCAGGCCAAGACAACCAGGCCAAGAAACGUGGUCAGGGCCGUGGCUCGAGCCAGAUUCGUGGCGUAGCCGGUGGGCGCGUGGAAAAGCGUCGCAAUGCUCAGAAUGCCCAGAAAAAGGGAAUUUCAGCUUCGCUUGCCGGAGGAAGGGGACGUCCUCGUGGAAGAUCUGCUGCUCGAGAUGCUGCUGCUGCGGGUCGAGCUGCUCCUGGCUCUGCUCCAAGGUCUGCGCGUCGGUCGCGCUCCCGCAACCGUGCCGCCGACGGGGCUGCUGCCGCUUCAACCGCUCAGGGUCGGGGCAAUCCUCGCCAGCGUCGCGGACGCAGUGCAGGCGCUGUCAAGGGAAACAACAACAGCAACAACAGAAAUGGUAACAACAACAAAAACGCCAAGGGAAAGGCGACGAAUGGCGGCAAACAGGGUCCGGGACAACAGCAACAGGCUCGUCGGGGACGCAGUCGUAGUCGUACUGUUCGCAAGCCCGCAGGAAAACAGCAACGCCCAGAAGUGAAACGCGAGGCUCUGGAUAAGGAGUUGGAUCAGUAUAUGUCCACCACAAAGUCUGAGAUGGACUACUUGCUGAAGUAGACACAGAUCGGUUGGACCAAAGCUUAAUACAUUUAGAUGAAAUUAAAAAGAGAAGCAUGCUACCACCGGCUAUAGGCAGAUACGUUUCUCUUAGGACACUGAAGGACACUAAGAUGUCGCCUAGUUGAUAGUUAGUUGUAAGAAGUUUAUCAUCUCUACGUUAAUAAAGCGCACCGGGGCGCGCAUAUCCAUGUCUCGCAAAAUGAUAACAUAACUAGUGUCAUGUUAUUUUGUAAAUAAAUAUGGCAAGCUCUUAAAUUUUAAGUAAACUUAGCCCACAAAUAUUUGCUUGAUCAAUGAAAAUGUUAUUCUUAACUUUGAAAUAUAAUUAAUCAUUGCUCAACUUAAAACAGAAAAA